AUGGAAUGGUACCACGGCCGGCUGGACCGGCAGGGCUCGGAGGAGCGACUGCGCACGUUCGGCAAGUCGGGCGCCUACCUCAUCCGCGAGUCGGACCGCAAGCCCGGCUCGUACGUGCUCUCUUUCCUGGGCAGGACGGGCGUCAACCACUUCCGGAUCACGGCUGUGUACGGCGACUUCUACAUCGGCGGCCGCCAGUUCGCCUCGCUCUCGGACCUGAUCGGCUACUACACGCAGUACUCGGACCUGCUCAAGCGCGAGCGGCUGGAGCACCCGGUACCGCCGCCCGAGCCCGUCAACGAUAGGCGCAAGGCCGUCGCCGUGCUGCCCUACACCAAGAUGCCCGACACUGAGGAGCUGAGCUUUCAGAAGGGCGACAUAUUUUUCGUGCACAACGACUGCGGUGACGGCUGGCUGUGGGUGACGGCGCACCGGUCGGGCGAGCAGGGCCUCAUCUUCCAGGAGCUGACCGAGACGCUGGACGAGACAGUCGACCCCCAACUCGCGGGGCCGGGCAGCUUCCUGGUCCGUCCCAGCGACAACUCGCCCGGCGACUACUCGCUCUUCUUCCACAUCAACAACCAGAUCCAGCGGUUCCGGAUAGAGAAGAGGGGCGUCCGGUGGGUGUCGGCGGCGUCAGUGCCGCAGUCAUGGCCAUGGCAGGAGCGGGUGGUCAUGUGGUGUGGCGGUAUCGGCGACGUACGUGAUGGGCGGCCGGACCGUUCGAGUGUCUGGCGGCCGUCACUCAACCGGUACAAGAAGACGAGCACAGAGCUGGACGGCCCCGUCCAGUCCCGCGACGUCAAACACGCCGACGAGAUCUACGCCACGCUGCGCGAGUGCAGGGAGAUGCAGGGACUCAAGAAGAGCAAAGGUGUUAAGAUGCAGGGAUACCUGAGUAAGAAAAACGAGAAGAACAAGAAAUGGAAGACGAUGUACUUCGUAUUGCAAGUAGAGGGAACAGAUACACAUCUCCUUUUCUAUGAUAAUCCCAAGCGGAUGAAACCCAAAGGUCUGAUUGACCUGAGCUGUGCCUACGUGUACCCCGUGGACGACUCGUUCUUCGACCGGUCGUUCUGUUUUCAAAUAGUGGAGAAGGCGCUGCCGUGCCUGGCGACGGUCACCUACCUGUGCGCCGGCUGUGCCGACUCGAUACAGGACUGGGUGGCGGCGCUGAAGCCGCUGUGCGUGCCCCAGAACGCGCGGCUGCCCAAGGUGGCGAACCUGCGCGAGCUGCGCUGUCUGCAGCUCUCCGUGCUCGAGGCGUACCGGCUGCCCCUAAAGUUGGUGCCCAGUCCAUUUUGCGUCAUCGCCGUCAAUCAGGUCAAGGUGGCGCGCACCAAGGUCAAGACCGGCCCCGACCCCGUCUGGGGCGAGGACUUCGUUCUGGACGACCUUCCGCCGGACGUGCUGACCUUCAGUGCCAUCAUCUACAAUAAGGGCAAGCGCUCCAAGGACAACGAGGUGGCCGAGGUCACCCUCGAGCUUAAAGACCUUGUCAGCGGGGAGGAGACGGAGAGAACUGGCUACCAGCUGUCGGGCAUCACGCCGAUCGGUGAGUGGGGCUCGCUGCGGCUGCGGCUGCGCUACACGCACGACUUGGCCAUGCCCUGCGAGGAGUACUCGUCGCUCAAGGAGCUGCUGCUCGACGACCAGCUGGAGGCGGUGCGCGCCCUGGCCGGUCUCCGACACGGCGACCGGGUGCCGCUGGCCGCCGCCCUGCUCAAGGUGUUCAGGUACGAGAAGAAGGAGGCCGAGCUGCUGCAGACGCUGAACGACCUGGAGAUCGAGACGGAGGAGGAUAAGUCGACGCUGUUUCGUGGCGCCUCGCUCACCACUGCCCUUCUGGACCUCUACAUGAAGUCGGUCUGCACCGGCUUCCUGCACGUCGCCGUCUCCGACAUGAUCAAUCGCAUCGUCGAGUCCAAGCAGUCGUGCGAGCUGAACCCGUCCAAGAUGGGCCACCAGGAGGACGCCUGCAGCAAUGCCGAAUACCUGCUGGAGGUGCUGGACAGGAUCACCGAUUCCAUAUUCCUGUCGGCAGAGGACUACGCUGCCGCCUAUAUCUGCGGCUGCCUGCAGCGGAAGCGUGCCGCCAAGUGGCCGAACGAGAAGCACGUGCGCACGCGCGUCGUCUCGGGCUUCGUGUUCUGCGAGCCGCCUCCGCUGCAGGGCGCCCGCUCGCUGGUCAUUGUGGCCAAGUGCCUGCAGAAUUGGCUAACCUGGUGGAGUUCUGACGGCAAGGAGCAUUAA